AUGGAUUUACCACAUAAUGUCGAGUCAACUCCCGACUCGCCCCACAAAUCACAAAUGCCCACAAGAGACAGAGACUCCAUAUGGUCACGUUUAGCUGAAUCUCUAAUCAGCCUCUUCCUUACGUUCUAUGAGGAUCUCGAUCUCUGCGAGUGGGACUCCUUCCAACGCAUCCUCGCUAUCACGCUAUCAGUCAUUUCAAACAUCUUUCUCAUGGUUUUCAGACUGAACGCACGCGACGACGGUUUUAGUUGGACAGAAAUGGGCUUUUUCACAGCUAGUAUCAUAAACAUGAUAUUUCUCAGAGCAUGUCAUAAAGACUACCAAUUAUUCAGCAGACCACCAUGGUCAAAGCCAAACAGCGAUCACGCAAGGCUUGUCGAUAUCUACCCAAGAAACAACAGGACUACUGAUUCAUUAAUAGGCGCUGCCUUGGCACCGCUGCUUGACAUGUUUGCAACAACAAAUAACGACGAUGAUCAAAUAUGGGAGUUAAGAGUAUGGAGUCCGAACACUUUUUACGUCAGCUUAUUCUCUUAUUUUCCACCUACCAAUAUAUUCAUCAUUCACUCUAUGAAUACGCACAACUGGCCGUUUCUCCUCGUCGCUCUUAUAUUCACAACAUCACAGGCUUGCCUUUUGGCAACAUUGUAUUCCGGAUACAUCAAAGACAAGGAAGUACUAUACGCCGAAUCGCAGAUAGAAUACGAUUCGUCCUUUGUCAAACGCAAAAUAUUCACUCUCAAGGCCGAUGCCACUACCCAGACUAAUCAAGAGGUCAGUUGGGAUUAUUUAUACCCGAAAGUAGAUAAAUUCAAUGUAACUGGAUUAGUAACUGGAAUACCAACAGGACCCGUAGCGACAACACCGAGUGAAAAUGGGCAUUUUACAGGUAGUCUGCUGAACAGCAGAAUUGUUGAACAUCCGAGCAAGACGAAAGGACAAAAUCUGGAAGACUUUACAGAUAAUCCUUGGGCUGAUGUUAACCCCGGGCAUGCAAACAAAGUGGGAAGUGAAACACCAAGAACGCCUGGAAGAAGUAGUAACGGUACGAUCACAGGCGCGAGAAGAGGAUUUGGAACUCAAUCGAUCAAUACAAGGAAUCUCGGAAGGAGUAGUAGGAGUAAUGGUAAUAAUAACAACAACAACGCUCUUAGCAGUAUCAAUGGGAACAGUAACCAUUCUCCGAAUGUUACAAAAAUAGUAGCAUCACCGUCAAUAUCAGCUCCGUCGUCAACAUUUACAACACCGACGAAACCAGAGAUGAUGACACGACGGAGGAGGUAA